UUCGGGACCACCUGUUUGCUGAGCGUCAGUUUCCUGCUCCUUAUCACCUCUUCAGAAGGACGCAGUGGACUUGGAAAGGGCUUUGGAGAUCAUAUUCAUUGGAGAACCCUAGAAGAUGGGAAGAAGGAAGCAGCUGCAAGGCAUCGUCUCUGACGGCAGGCAAAUCAUAUUCUCUUGAGGACUUUUGGUUAUCACUGACUGAUGCGGUUCUAAUCUCUGCAUCUCCUUUCUAAGAAAGUUGGACCUAGACUCAGUUGGUUUAGGGUUCCCAUAGAAACAAUAGGCCCUGUAAAGGGAGAGGGGAAACCGGAAGUUCUGGUAGCACUUCCGCUGCGCUCCGGAAGUUGACGCGAGCUUCCGUACAUGGCCGCCCUUGGAGAGGAUGCCUCUCGUGGUGGUUUGCGGGCUGCCGUCCAGCGGCAAGAGCCGUCGUACGGAAGAGCUGCGCCGGGCGCUGGCCGCCGAGGGCCACGCGGUGCACGUGGUGGACGACGCCUCGGUGAUGGGCGCGGCGGACGCGAGCGUGUACGGCGACCCGGCCCGUGAGAAGGCCCUGCGCGGCGCUCUGCGGGCCUCGGUGGAGCGGCGCCUGAGUCGGCGCGCCGUGGUCCUGCUGGACUCGGUGAACUACAUCAAGGGCUUCCGCUACGAGCUGUACUGCCUCACGCGCGCGGCGCGCACCCCGUUCUGCCUGCUGCACUGUGUACGGCCGGGUGGGCCGAGCGGCCGGCCUCAAGUGGCUGCAACCUCCGAGAGCCGGGGCUGCUCGGGCAGCGGGAGUUCGAUGCCGGGCACCGUGGUCAGUGGGGGGUUCCGGGCCGACGUCGCUGGGGAACCGGAGCUAGAGGACAUCCGGACAUCAGAGCCCCCAGCUCCGGUGCCUCCUGAGUCCGAGAAACCGGCAAAUCCCGUGUCCGGAGGCUUUUUCCCUCCUGAACUCGUGGAGUCCUUAGCGUUGCGAUUUGAGGCUCCUGACCCUCGGAACCGCUGGGACCGACCUCUGUUCACCGUAGUGGGGUUAGAAGAGCCGUUGCCCUUGGCGGAGAUCCGGGCCGCACUGUUCGAGAAUCGGGCUCCCCCACCCCAUCAGUCUACGCAGUCCCAGCCCCUUGCCUCCGGCAGCUUUCUGCACCAGUUGGAUCAAGUUACGAGCCAGGUGCUGACUGCGCUGAUGGAAGCACAGAAGAGCGCUGUCCCCGGAGACUUGCUGAGUCCUCCUGGCACCACCGAGCACCUCCACUUUACCCGGCCCUUGACCAUGGCAGAAUUGAGUCGCCUCCGUCGCCAGUUUAUUUCUUACACUAAAAUGCAUCCCAACAAUGAGAACCUGCCUCAGUUGGCCAACAUGUUUCUUCAGUAUCUGAACCAAAGUUUGCACUAGUAAGAGGAGUGGGAGGCCAUGGCUCCUGUCAAACAACUGCACUUUGUCCAGGAAGAAUAGUCAGAAGGGCUGCCGAGCAUAUUGAGGUACUAGGAUUGCUGCGCUUGACCAACUCACUCAAUUUUCUUGACUGCCCCUGUGCUACGCAGUUUACAGCGGAAGUUGAGACAUACGAAUAACUAGCCUGGAGGGGAGGGUCUUGACAAAUUUCUUCAGAGAGCUCAGGUGAACAGGGUUGCUUAGGAUGGACUCUUCUUGGAAUAUCACAAACCACGGAUUCCCCUCUAUCAGGAUGGAUAAGAAUUGUUUUAAAACCACUGUGAGUAGAAACCGAAGAUGGUACAUUUCUAUAUUUGCGCUGGCCCUUCUUUCAAUACUACAACUGUUUUUUAGUAUAAUACCCUGCCUUUUGCUAGUCUGCCCUGGAACUGCGAUCACAGAUAAACCAUGUUUUCUGUCUAUCCCUGGGAAACUUUGAUUUUUGUGUAAGACAGUCAUUAGAUUAUUAUUUUAAAAAUAAAAUAUUUUUAAAGUUU